ACCAUAGCAACAUAAUGCAAUAAAUUCAGUUGUAAUAAAAUUAAUAAAGGUUAAAUAGCACAAUGAUUUUCCUCCAACCACUUUAAAUACUGAUUAUGCCAGGUAGAAGCCGAAGCUCGUGUAACAGCUGCAGGCGUGGAGAAAGUCAUGGUUCUAGUGGCUCUCGGUCGCGCUACUCCCGCGCAGACCAGCAUGCGCCGGCGCAAACGCCUCCUGUCAUUGUGACGCCGAUGCCUCGUCGUAGCAUUUUUAGGGAUGCAGCAGCUGUGGCUGGCGGAGUAACAGUAGGAACGACUAUGGGCCAUCUAGCGGGAGAAGCAAUUUCGAGUCUAUUUACGGGACGCCGCCGUGAAGAAGUCAUGCACUCACUUCCGCAAAACUAUCAACUUGGCACCGAACCUAACGGACCUUGUGCCUUUGAAAUAGCCCAGUUUUUGCAAUGCGCAGCUAACCGUGACAAUCUGGAGGAGUGCGAGGCUUUCAAUGAAGCACUAAGGGACUGCAAGAGAAGGAAUCGCCUACCAUAACUGAAACGUUUAAUCACCGAAGCAGCCAACUUCAAAUCUGAAUUGUAAAUAAAAGUAUCAAAUACA